AUGGCAUUGAGACUCGGUUCCAAGCGCGUUUGCGCUGCUCUGCGCACCUCCAGGCCUUUCGCCAUCGCGCCCGUCUACGCCCAGCGCUAUGCGUCCAGCGCCGCGACGGCAGCUUCAAGCUUGCCCAACGAUGUGAAGGAGUCCAUUGAGAAGGCGGCCGCUCUCGCAAACCCCGAUCCUGCCGCAGACUCGCAAACCGCGCGCCUGGUCAACGAUUCGUUGCCGUACAUGGUCCCUACCUAUGUUCGUCCUAUGCCAAUGUUCCACAAGGGAGAGGGCUGCUACAUGUGGGAUGUCGAGAACCGCAAGUACCUCGACUUCACGGCAGGCAUCGCCGUGAAUGCGCUGGGCCAUUGCGACCCGCAGAUGGUUCAGUUGAUGGCCGAGCAGGCGAAAACCCUGAUCCAUACCUCCAACCUGUACCACAACCCUUGGACUGGCGCUCUGUCCAAGCUGCUGGUUGAGACGACGGUUGCUGGCGGCGGCAUGCACACUGCCGAGAAGACCUUCAUCUGCAACUCCGGUUCCGAGGCCAACGAGGCGGCCAUCAAGUUCGCCCGCAAGGUCGGCAAGGAGCUUGACCCCUCAGGUGCGAAGCAUGAGCUCGUGUCCUUCCACAACUCCUUCCACGGCCGCACCAUGGGCUCCCUCUCGGCGACGCCGAACCCCAAGUACCAGAAACCGUUCGCGCCUAUGGUCCCUGGCUUCAGAUACGGCACCUACAACGACGUUGCGGCCAUUCCCUCCCUGGUCACCGAAAGCACUUGCGGUGUCAUCAUUGAGCCGAUCCAGGGAGAGGGCGGUGUCAAUGUCGCGACGCCCGAGUUCCUCCUUGCUCUCCGCAAGCGCUGCACUGAGGUUGGCGCUGUGCUGAUCUACGACGAGAUCCAAAGCGGCCUUGGCCGUACCGGUCAGAUCUGGGCUCACGCCUCGCUUCCCAAGGAGGCGCAUCCCGACAUCCUCACCACCGCAAAGGCUCUGGGCAACGGUUUCCCUAUCGGUGCCACUGUUGUCAACGACUUCGUCGUGUCGAAGAUCAAGCCCGGUGACCACGGAACUACAUUUGGUGGCAACCCUCUUGCUUCCAGACUCGCGCACCACAUCGUUGGCAGGCUGGCGGAUCCCGAGCUGCAGCAGUCGGUCCUUCAGAAGGAGCAGAUCUUCCGCAAGCACUUUCAGAAGCUCCAGAAGAGCUUCCCUGAUGUCAUCAGUGAGAUCAGGGGUAAGGGCCUGAUUCUCGGUCUGCAGUUGAACCAGGACCCCACGCCUAUUGUGACUGCUGCUCGUGAGAGGGGCUUGCUGAUCAUCACCUGCGGCACGAACACGCUCAGGUUCGUUCCUCCGCUGAUCAUCAGCGAGGCGGAAAUUGAGCAGGGCAUGGGCAUCUUGGAAGACGCCAUGAAUGCUGUGCUCAGGAAGUGA